UGCAUUGGCUCCGCUGGAACGCCCCUGCCCCUGUGGCUGGAAAAUAGUCUACCCUACCUGCCGCCAGCCACCCUUUCCUCUACUCCCUGGAGGAAGAGCGGACGUUCCACCCAUUUCUGGGCUGGGGAGGGGUGCGGUGAAUCCUCGGAGCCUAUUUUACGACAAUGUGCGGCCGUGCGGCGCGGCUGACGGCAACGCCACACUGCUCUUGGAGAGGUCACUCCGGAGACGGCGUUGGUUUUGGGGUGUGGGGGUUGCUGGCACUAUGUGGCGCGUCUGUGCUCGACGGGCCCAGAAUGCGGCCCCAAGGGCGGGGUUCGGGGCUCGGUGGGCGGCCUUGCGGGAGGACCCGGGAGCUCCAUGCGUGACUCCGCGGGCUGGUGCGGGUCCGGCUCGUUGCAGUAGUGGGACCACGGCGUAUGGCAGGGUCCGGGCACUCUGCGGCUGGAGCCCCAGCUCGAAGGACACACAGAGGAACCGCCUCCUGCUGCAGCUUUUGGGAUCGUCCAGCCGCCGCUGGUAUAGCCUGCCCCCUCAUCAGAAGGUCCCGUUGCCCUCUCUUUCCCCCACAAUGCAGGCAGGCACCAUAGCCCGUUGGGAAAAAAAGGAAGGGGAGAAAAUCAAUGAGGGUGAACUAAUUGCAGAGGUUGAAACUGAUAAAGCCACUGUUGGGUUUGAGAGCCUGGAGGAGUGUUACAUGGCAAAGAUACUGGUUGCUGAAGGUACCAGAGAUGUUCCAGUUGGAGCGAUCAUCUGUAUCACAGUUGAAAAGCCUGAGGAUAUUGAGGCCUUUAAAAAUUACACAUUGGAUUCCUCGGCAGCACCUACCCCGCAGGCAGCUACAGCACCAACCCCUGCUGCCCCUGCUUCUCCACCUACACCUUCUGCUCAGGCUCCCGGUAGCUCAUAUCCCACUCACAUGCAGGUGGUUCUUCCUGCCCUCUCUCCCACCAUGACCAUGGGCACAGUUCAGAGAUGGGAAAAAAAAGUGGGUGAGAAGCUAAGUGAAGGAGAUUUAUUGGCAGAGAUAGAGACUGACAAGGCCACUAUAGGUUUUGAAGUACAGGAAGAAGGUUACCUGGCAAAAAUCCUGGUCCCUGAAGGCACAAGAGAUGUCCCUUUAGGAACUCCACUUUGUAUCAUUGUAGAAAAAGAGGAAGAUAUACCAGCAUUUGCUGACUAUAGGCCAACCGAAGUAACUGAUUUAAAACCGCAAGCACCACCAUCUACCCCACCUCCGGUGGCCCCUGUUCCUCCGACUCCCCAACCUGUAGCACCUACACCUUCAGCCACCCGCCCAGCUACUCCUGCCGGACCCAAGGGAAGGUUGUUUGUUAGCCCACUUGCAAAGAAACUGGCAGCAGAGAAAGGGAUUGAUCUUACACAAGUAAAGGGCACGGGACCAGAAGGCAGAAUCAUUAAGAAGGACAUCGACUCUUUUGUGCCUACUAAAGCUGCUCCUGCUCCAGCAGCUGCUGUGCCUGCCACGGCUCCAGGAGUGGCACCCGUUCCUACAGGUGUCUUCACAGACGUCCCAAUCAGCAACAUUCGUCGUGUUAUUGCACAGCGGUUAAUGCAGUCUAAGCAAACCAUACCUCAUUAUUACCUUUCCAUUGAUGUAAAUAUGGGAGAAGUUUUGUUGGUACGGAAAGAACUUAAUAAGAUGUUGGAAGGGAAAAGCAAAAUUUCUGUCAAUGACUUCAUCAUAAAAGCUUCAGCUUUGGCAUGUUUAAAAGUUCCAGAAGCAAAUUCUUCUUGGCUGGACACAGUUAUAAGACAAAACCAUGUUGUGGAUAUCAGUGUAGCAGUCAGUACCCCUGCAGGACUCAUUACACCGAUCGUAUUUAAUGCUCAUAUAAAAGGACUGGAAACCAUUGCUAAUGAUGUUGUUUCUUUAGCAACCAAAGCACGAGAGGGUAAACUACAGCCUCAUGAGUUCCAGGGUGGCACUUUUACAAUCUCCAAUUUAGGAAUGUUUGGAAUUAAGAACUUCUCUGCUAUUAUUAACCCACCUCAAGCAUGUAUUUUGGCAAUUGGUGCUUCAGAAGAUAGGCUGGUUCCAGCAGAUAAUGAAAAAGGAUUUGAUGUGGCUAGCAUGAUGUCUGUUACUCUCAGUUGUGAUCAUCGGGUUGUGGAUGGAGCAGUUGGAGCCCAGUGGCUUGCUGAGUUUAGAAAGUACCUUGAAAAACCCAUCACCAUGUUGUUAUAAUUAACCGAAUAAUUUCUAGACUCUCCCAGGUCACAGUGGUUCAUUCUUACCUGAUAUAAAUAUGUUAUUACACAGGUGGUUCUUUUUAUUUUAAACUUAACCAGUUGUUUUUGAGUCUGUCCAGAUAAGUUAUUUGUAAUGGGCAUUACUGAAUUUUUUAAAUGCCAAUUACACCCACAUAUUGUACACAUUUAAUGAACAACAUUUAAUGAUUUUGAACUGUGUAUUCCUAGUCAAGGGAACAUGUGGCCUGGCCUUUUGGUGAUAAGUACUUCCAUCGGGAAAUGUAGAGCUAGAACUGUGGUUCCCUGUUGAAACAGAUACAUAAAGGUAAUCUGGAUGAAACCUUGAGGUUUUGAAAUUUAAUUGCCUCAAAUGUUUUGCUCAUUUGAGAGAAAGAGAAGUCAAGGAAAAAAGAGAAGUCCAUUCUCUUUGGAGAAAGGCUCUGAAUUGAACUUGAUUUUGGAAUUUAACCCCAAUUUAAAUUUUUCUGUUACAUGAUCCUGGUUUAUUAUGGAUGGGAAGGGUAGAGAACGUCAAGAAAAAUAAGUGAAAUUUUAAAAGUUAACAUUCUCUUAGACUUCUCCAACCAGCUGUCUGUCCUUUGUUUAUUUUUCUAUGAAUCCCAAAAUGGUUGUUUUGCCCCUUGAGAUGAAGAUAUAAAUAUAAACUGGCACUUGUUAUAAAAGAAUUUGCGUGGGUAUUUAUUUAAACAACUUACAUGCGUAAUUUUGAGAGCAGAAUUUAAAAUUACCUUCAAAUAAAAGAAUAUGCUUAUAGAAUUUAACAGAAAGUAAGCGGGUUCCAUGGUGUAAUGGUUAGCACUCUGGACUCUGAAUUUAACAGAAAGUAGAAAUUAUUCCUCAAUAAUUAACUGUUGGUUACUUGCAAAUGAACUUAAUUAUCAGAAUCUGUUACUCAAAUGACUUUGGAAAUCUGUUAUCAAGAAACUGUCGAGUAAGUGUACAUAUGUAAAGUAUGGUUUCUAGUGAGAUAUGUGCCAAAGUCCAUUUACCACCAAGUCCUGUCUGAAGGGAAGAGGGGGAGAGAGACAUUGCUAAGCAGUUGGGAGUGCUAAAAGAUUAGAAGCAAAGUUGUCAUUUCUACUUGGAUAAAGUAAAAAAUGUUCAGUGUGUACAAAGAAA